AUGACAGAAUCAUAUCCUCUGCUGCACGCCCACAAGCUGGACAAUGAUGGUAGUGUGGCGGUGCUGAGCUUGCAGUAUCAGCCUAUGAAUGUCGGCUAUGUUCUCAGAUUGGCCAACAUAUUGGUGUACCAGCUACUUGGUGAGUCUGGUACCUACUAUGGCGUUAGAUUUGGAAAGAAGAUCCCGUGGGUCACAGAAUUUCCCUUUGAUUAUAUUAAGGAUCCACAGUAUGUUGGGAGUAUGCUCAGUCUUGUCGCACUGCUGUGUUGGGUUCCCUUCCAGUACGUUCUGUUGUGGUGUCUUGUUUAUGUUUUAAUGAUUUGGGUGGAAAACAAGGAAGAUCCUGCCACUCGUUCAAAACCGCUCUCAUGA